AUGUUCCAUCUCUGCAGCUCUCCAUCGUCUUGUCGAUUACAGAACGUUUUACCUUCUUUCGUUGAUUAUCUGGAUCGGUCAGAUCGUGGAAGAAUCUCCGACUUCUGUUUUUUCAUUGAUGAUUGCUAUUUUUAUCCUCUUAUUGGUGCUGGCUCUCCAUCAAAUAAUCAAGGAAAGAAGCUUCAGUCGUCCAAGCAGGCUGUAACCAGCAACAAGGGGAAGGAGAAAAUGAUUGAGUUACCAGCUAAAAGGACCGAUAUGUGGGAGUUGCCAUUGAGAUACCAUAAUAAGGGGAUUACUAUCGGCUCCCCACCAAGACCCCCACCUCCAGUCCAUGAAAAUGCCAUGAUUUCCAAAUCUAAAGAUCAAUCAUCUACAGAUACGAGGACAGGAAUCAAAAAACGAAAGAGGAGAAAUAAGCAGCAAAAUAUUGUUGAAUUUGAACCUUCUUGUUGGAACAGGAUUUGUCCACAAGAUGUGGUUGACGCUGGAAUACAUCUGAAUCCAGCUAAAAAGAAGCAUUCUGUUUGGUUCAGUUUAACUCCUUCCUGUGAUCAGAACAGAAAGAACACUCUGCAACUUCUAGUGGAACCAUACGUACAGAUAAUCAUGGAGGGGAACUGUAAUCCAGAUGUGUCUAUUCUCAUGAAGUAUAUCGUGUUGCAACUUAAGCAUGUUUGCCAACAGGAGGUUGGUAUCUUCUUAAACGGGAAACUUCUUGCCCCGGAAAUGAAGCUACUUGAUGUGGUGAAGCAGUGGAUGGCUAUUGUUGAUUCAGAGAGCAAAAUAACCAAGAUAGGAAGUUCUGCCGAGAACUUCUGUGUGAAGCUGACUUAUGCUCGAAGACAAUAG